AUGGAAUUAAAUAAUAUAAUAGAGAUAAUAGCUGAUUCAGGAAACAGAGGGAAGGAAUUAAUGAUGGACUCAUUUAUUGUUGGAGUUGCAUGGGGCAGAAAGUAAUUAUUCUCAUUUAUUUAGAUUAAUUAAUACAAUUCAAGAAAUUCAAUAGGCUACAAAUUACUUAUACCAAUUAAACCAAGAGGUUGAACUCUCUUAAAAAACUGCAUUCUACAAACUUGACUUAUUCCAAAAGUUUCUGCUAGAGGAUGUAAUUAGUUCAUUUAAAAAUUAGAAUUGCUAAUUAUUUCCACAAGUUGAAGCAAAAUUUUAAUAAUUGCCUCAAGAAGAGAUCAAAUAAGAACCUAAAGUAAAUAACAACAAUCGGGUAACUAUUUAUAAAUAAGGAUAGAAUGAGUCAUUGUGCGGAAUCUGUAAUUUCCAAAUUAAUGAUCUGCCUGAUGAAAAAUUCAAAAUCCCUUAUUGCGGACACGAAUUUCACAAUCUUUGUCUUUACUAAGAAAUUGAUUAGAAAGAUUAAGCAAAAUGCAGCACUUGUUCAAUUUAAUUAGAUCCGACAGUAAAAAAAGAUUUAUUAAAAUUAAUUUCUCCUUCGUUUAGGUCUUGUUGUCCUUUUAUCAAUUGUCAGCAAGAAUUCAUAUAUUAUGGAUAAUCUACAUUUACUUGUUAAAACUGUAAUAUACCGUUUUGUUUGAAAUGUAAAUAGAUUGAACAUAAUAAUUAAUGUAACUUAGGAAUAGACUAUAUCGAAAUGAGAUAAGGAUAGAGAUUCAAGCUUUGUUUUGACUGUCAAGAAAUAAUAAUAUUAAAUUUUUAAGAUUUGAGUUCUCAUUAAUGCAAGACACAAAAAGAAAAUCAAAAUACUAAACACCAUGGAAUUUUUAACAAAAUUGCAAGAUUCUUAAAAAAAGAUUAGAAAUAUUGA